CAAAGUGAAAACAGACCACGAGGAAAAUAGUCAGUUAAUUUGAAGUUUGACGUUAUUAUAAAUACAAAAAUCAAACAUGGAAUACAGCGGUAUAUUUAGCUAUAAUGCCAGAGUAAAAGAAGAACCAUUUGAUGCAUCGCUUGAAGAAAACAAUCAAGAAAUAGUUGAGAAGGCACCGGAUGCUAGUGAAGUUAAAUUCUCACAAAUUCUGCAAGAAAAUCAAGACCAAACGCUCCAAGAAAUUGAUGAAGAUCAAAGUGAACUGAAUGAGGAUGCUAAAAUUGUUUUCGAAUGUGAAGACGCCAAGUCCACCAUCAAUUUUAAAAUUCUCAAGUCAAUCAAACAAGAAAAAGAUAUCGUUAAAAAAGAAUCCAUGACCGACGAAGCAACAACCUCAAAUAUUGACGAUCACUCCUAUGCAAUUCACAGCUCAAUUACACAAGCACAAGCCGCGGUCGAAGUGAAACAAGAAAUCAUCGACGAUGUUGCAAAUGAAUCGAAUUUUAAUGUCGACAGUGAGCCAGAAAGCGAAUUGGAAAUAGUUUUUGAAUGCGAGUACAGUCAAAGCCCAAUUAAGAAAGAAAUAGCAGAGGAUACAAUAAAAAAAGAAGUCGUUAGCGAUGACGGAACAAUUGUGGAAUCCGAGGAAAAUAACGAACCAACGGCUACCGCAGAAAAUUUCAGUGACUCCGUAUCCAAUCGUAUCGCGGCUCGAACGUGCACAAUUUGCAAUCGUACCUUCAAAACCAUCGGUUAUCUUAAAACUCACAUCGAUUCGGCGCACAAAGGCGUCAAACACAAGUGCAAAAAAUGCGAGAGGAUAUUCAAGCACCCGCGCAGUUUGUACAAACACGUGCAAGCGCGACACGAGGGCGUGACCCAUCCGUGUCCCUGGUGCAAAAAGACGUUCACCCAGAAGGGCAGCGUCAAGGAGCACAUCGACGCGGCGCACAGGCACAUCGUGCACAAGUGUCCGGAGUGCGACAAAGAGCUCACGAAGAAGUCGUCGCUCAAGAAGCACAUCGACGCCGUGCACAGAGGCGUCAAGCUCCAGUGCGACCAGUGCUCGAAGAGCUUCACGCGGCUAGAUCAUCUGAAAAACCACAUUAACUCGUUCCACCACGGCAUCAGGCCGUUCAAGUGCAAGUCCUGCUCGCAGGAGUUCGUGCGCAAGGAUCAUCUUCGUGAUCAUCAUCUCGCCGCCCACGAGGGCGUCACGUACAACUGCGACGCGUGCGGAGCGAGCUUCAAGCAAAAGAUCGCUUUGAUCGAGCACAUCGACACGAAGCACAACAAUGUGCGUUACCCGUGCGACCAGUGCGACAAGGUGUUCAGCCGGAAGGGCGGACUGAGCUGUCACAAGAACGCGGCUCACAAGGGCGCCACUUAUCCGUGCAAACUAUGCGGAAAUAUAUACAAGAAGAGGAUGGCACUGAACGUUCACUUGAAGCGUCACGAGAACAUCACUCACCCGUGCGAGAUAUGCGGUAAGGAGUACACGCAGACGAAUAAUCUGAAGAUCCACAUCGAAAAGGAGCAUCUCAAUAUCAGGCACCAGUGCGAGAUAUGCCAGCGGGAGUUCACGCGAAGAGAUACCCUCAAGAUGCACAUCAAGAAAGCACACAGUGACUGACGGUGUCGCUGCUACACCUGAGAAGUUCAAAAACAAAUCGAGAGGCGGAAAAAGUAGCUGG